UAUUCAUUCAACAGUCUGUUACAUUAAAUUAUUUGUGAUUGUUUUGUUCGAAAACUCUAUCACAAUUUUCAUUUUUUUUCGUCAAAAUGUCUGCGAGAAAUGCAUCUCAUGCGGGAAAUUGGUACCCCCGCGACAAGAAAGAGCUGUCAGAUAAGCUGGAAGGCUGGCUAUCGGGUGCGAGUCGUGUGAAUUGUCCUGUCAAAGCUGUAAUUGCUCCGCACGCUGGGUACUCUUACUGUGGUGCGGUCGGAGCUUAUUCUUAUAAGCAGUUUGAUCCACGAACUAUAAAGAGGAUAUUUAUACUUGGCCCAUCACAUCAUGUGUACUUACCUGGCUGUGCUGUGUCUGGAACUUCAUUCUAUAACACACCAUUGUAUAACUUGAAAAUUGAUACCAAAGUAAACGAAGAACUUACAUCAAGCGGUUUGUUUGAGGUCAUGAAUAUAAACACCGAUGAAGAUGAACACAGCAUUGAAAUGCAACUACCAUAUAUUGCUAAAGUUAUGGAAGGAUGUCCGCAUGAAUUCACAAUAGUACCUAUUCUGGUUGGUUCAUUAUCAACCCAGAAAGAAAAAGAGUAUGGUCAAUUCUUCAGUAAAUAUCUUGGUGAUCCAGAUAAUUUUUUUGUAAUAUCCUCAGAUUUUUGUCAUUGGGGCAAAAGAUUUCGAUUCACACAUCAUGAUAAAAAGAACAGGCAUAUCUAUCAGUCAAUAGAGGCGUUAGAUAGAAUGGGAAUGGACCUUAUCGAACAGCUUCAAGCACAAGAGUUUGUAGAUUAUUUAAAGAAAUACGGAAAUACAAUAUGUGGACGACAUCCUAUUGCUUUAUUCCUAUUUGCAGUGGAAUCGUUACACCAGUCUAAUGGUCCGUCGCCAAAGUAUUCAUUCAAGUUCCUAAACUACGCGCAAUCGAACAGUUGCCAAUCGAUGGGCGACAGCUCCGUGAGCUACGCUGCUGGUGUGCUGAUGAGACAUUAGUAAAAAAAACUCGCGUUACGUGGACACUGAUCUUAAUUUUCUCUGGACCACAAAACGGUGCUUCGUUGCUUCCCAAAACCACUGCAUGCCAUAAUCAUAACAGAGUGUUUGAAUUUUUAAGAAAGGCAAGUUUGCGGGGACGCAACGCGGCGAUGCGAGGGAAAGGUGGCAGAUUAGGGGGCACUUCUGUAGCGGUGCAUAAUAAAGAAUGUUUCCACAACAUUGUCUGUUGAACUUCGUUUCGUCGUGUUUUCUAUUUCCAAAAUAAAAUCUCUGGGAGAUUUUCACCAGACGAUUGUGGAAAAAAAGUCUUUAGUAAAUAUUGAUUUUUAUAUUAUUAUAUUUGAGUAAAUAUUUCAAGCCAUUUUCAGCAUGUUAACGCAUUUAGAACAUUUUCUAAAGUCAAUUUCGCUAAGUAAGGGAGUACCCCUUCUAAAUGUGUUAACGUGCUGAAAAUGGCUUCAAAUAUUUAGUAAGAUAUUUAAUAUCUUUGUUUUGGGCAUAUUUGGUUUGUUUUUGAAACAUUGAAAAAGUCCUCAAUUUCGGCCAAAAAAGUUAGGGUACCCUUGCAAUAGUACGCUAAGGGGGUCGAACCCCUACCAUUUUGGCCAAAAUUGACGACUUUUGAAAAUGUUCUUAAAAUCUGUUAAUAUCCUGAAAAUAGCUUCAAAUA